UCGGAGCGGGGUCUGGAUCCCAAGCUACAUCUUUUUCCAAAGCUGAGGUCCGUGGAGGCCGCCGUGGGCAGUCCCCAGACCGUGGAACUAGAUUCCUGUCUGAGGCGGCCAUGGAGGCGGAGGUGGGACCAGUAGACUCCGGGGAGCCAGCUGAGCUCCCGGCGUCCGUUCGGGCAAAGAUCGAACGAAAUCGGCAGCGGGCGCUGAUGCUACGCCAAGCCCGACUGGCGGCCCGACCGUACCCGCCGGCUGCGGCGGCGGCGAGGGCAGCGUCGUCGGGGAGCGCUGGAGGCAUUACCAAUGUGAAAUCAGCACCAAAAAUAAUUGACACAGGAGGAGGUUUCUUUUUAGAAGAAGAAGAAGAAGAAGAAGAGCACAAAAUUGACAAAGUUGUACAUAAACCAGGGCCUGUUCUAGAAUGUGAUUAUGCAGUUUGUGAAGAAUGUGGGAAAGAGUUUAUGGAUUCUUACCUCAUCAACCACUUUGAUUUGGCAACUUGUGAUAACUGCAGAGAUGCUGAUGGUAAACAUAAGCUUAUAACCAAAACGGAAGCAAAACAACAGUACCUCUUGAAAGACUGUGAUUUAGAAAAAAGAGAACCAGUGCUAAAAUUUAUUGUGAAGAAGAAUCCUCAUCAUUCACAGUGGGGUGACAUGAAACUUUACUUAAAAUUACAGGUUGUGAAGAGGUCUCUGGAAGUUUGGGGUAGUGAAGAAGCCUUGGAAGAAGCCAAGGAAGUUCGACAGGAAAACCGGGAGAAAAUGAAACAAAAAAAAUUUGAUAAAAAAGUAAAAGAAUUACGCAGAGCUGUAAGAAGCAGUGUAUGGAAAAAAGAAACCGCGAUUCACCAGCAUGACUAUGGACCAGAAGAAAGCAUUGAAGAUGACAUGUACCGGAAGACUUGUACAAUUUGUGGCCACCAACUGACAUAUGAAAAAAUGUAAUAUGAGUUUUUAGAAUUAACCUGAAGUUUUUUAUAUUUAAAUAAAAUUUUAUUGACAAGUCUUGUGUAAUUAUGAAAAACUGUUAACAUGAAGUGGUUUCAGUUUUCUUUGUAGCAAGCACUGAUUUUGACAUAUGGGCAGUUACUUACUAAACACUAAUGGUUAAAGGGGCAAGCUCACUGAAUUUCAACAUUCAAUGGGGUAACAAAUACAUAAAAUCUUAAUGUCAGUGGUUCUUGCUGUAUUUGAAAUAUUUGGUUGUCUUAUGGAAGACCCAGCUAUAUUAUUCUCUAGCAUUGCCUAUAUUUUUAGAGUUGUAAAGUGUCUAACUAAAACAUAUCCAAAGUGUUUUACCAUCCUGGUUUAUUCUAGUGGUUUAUCUAGCUCUAGAUUCUGUGCAAUGUAACUGCCACAGAACGUACAGUCUUCUGUUAACAGGAAAACAAACUUAAGAAAAUGAUAAUUUGGAUCAUAUUUAUGUAGUCAUUACUUUAUCAUGUUGUAUAUAGUAUUUAAAGCAUAAUGUAU